UUGAUUAAAAAAUUUAACAAUUUAUUUCAUCUAAAAAUUUCAAUUCAAAAUUUCAACUUAAAUUCAAUGCCUAACUUUAAAUUGCUCAAUUUUUUAAAUUUCAAAUCUAUUUCACAGCCAACUUCACGUUACUUUCGUUUGUAAAAAUUUUUCAUACAAAAAGUUCAUGCUGCUCUGCCCUUCUUCUAACCUUGACUACUCUUCAAGUGGCUGUGAGCGGAAAAAGUUAAUCAGAAAAUUUGUCAGUUUUAAUUGUGAUUUGUGGUAGAAAUAUAUCGGUGGUGGGAAAAGGAUAAAAGGUGAUUUUUAUUGCGCGAUCAGGAAGACUGGAAGGAAGAGAGGAAGAAGCCAGAUUGUGCUUGAACAAGGCAACGAUUUUAAUCAUCCGGAAGGCUUCUCUCACCGUGAAGGAAAAUUUUUCUGGUCCUUGCGACCACGGAUUAAUAAGUACAUAUUUCUCGUUGAAGGUGAGGUCAAGGACAAGGCUGAGGGAAAGUAUAGGGGAAAUUGAGGCUAAUUCAUUACACCUUUGAAUAUCUUUAAGGUGAGGCCAAGGACAAAUCCAUCGGGAAACUAGAGAAGGAAUUCCAUUUAAUUCGUAUCCUUUGAAUAUCUUUAAGGUGAGGUCAAGGACAAGGCUGAGGGAAAGUAUAGGGGAAAUUGAGGCUAAUUCAUUACACCUUUGAAUAUCUUUAAGGUUGGUCAAAGUACAUCCAUUUUUCUGGUCCGUCAUCGAGCCAUCGCACUCAACCAGCUAUCGCUCCAACGGUUUCUCCAACGGUCAUCAAUCCACUCACAAUGGCCAAGCAGGUUCGGGAGGGAGUUGUGCAGGCACUUAUUCGGGUCGAGUCUUUUUUGAAGGGUAUCAGCGAGGCUGAUCUCCAAUACAUGCAACGAAGCGUCAUUGAGGCUCAAAUGGAACAAGUUGCCACAUUGAGGACACGAUAUGUGGCAGCGCAGGGGCAAAUCAUCGAAGAAGAAAGAGACUUAGAACAGAGAGAUCUGGAGGAAACUGCAAGGGAAGUUUUCUUGAGCAAAUGCGAUGCGAUCUAUAAGAGACUCACGCAGAUGCUCACCCAUGUUCCAUCGAAUUCCAGAGGAUCUCCAAGACCCAAUCAGGAUGAAUUCCUUUCAUUCAUGAAGGAAUUCAUGACACGAAGCCAGCAGACAUUGGAGCAGAGUCAACAGCAAGUGAAUCAGCUCAUCACUACACUCACAACUCACGCAAGUACCCUCAAUAAUAGUAACAAUAUGAGUAGAAAUGGAGAUGUAGUUUUGCAUGACUCUGCCCAACCCACAAAACUCCCCCAAAUUGCAAUGCCCACCUUCAGUGGAAAGUAUAGUGAGUGGAUUCCCUUUAAGGAGAGGUUCCAAUCCAGCGUCAUGAAACACCCUCACCUGUCAAAAGUCCAACAACUUGACUACCUCAAAUCUGCCUUAUCUGGUGAGGCACUGUCCGUCAUAAAAAACCUUCCCAUUACUAAUGCAAACCUGGACGUGGCAUGGGAACUGUUGAUAGAACAGUUCGAGUUAAAGCAUGAAAUUGUCGCUGAUCAUAUUAGGACUUUCUAUAAUAUGCCAAGUAUCACCUCCAAUGACCCACAAUCCAUCCGUCGUAUAUCCAGUAUUUUAUCUGAAUCCAUAUCAGCCCUAGAUGCCAUUGAGGUCACAAAUCGCGAUCCGUGGCUAAUUCAGUAUACAUUAGACAGAUUGGAUUCAGAAUCUAGAGUCUUAUGGGGUAGGGAGUGCGGUAAGGAGGCGCCUACAUUAGAAAAAUUCCGAAAAUUCCUUAAUCAGCGAUGUAUUGAUGCCACAAAUGCCUCCAAUCCUUUUGACGAAUCCACCGCUAAUACCUCCCGUUCACAGCCUACCAAAUCAAGGAAGCAGGUAUCAGCCUUUCAUGUCUCCACAGCAACAUCAAAUUGCCGAUGUUGCAAUGAAUCUCCGCAUCCACUGUACAAAUGUGCACAGUUUAUCUCUAAAACACCUGAUGAGAGAUUCGAAGUAGUAAAGGAGCUGAAUUUGUGUCGUAAUUGCCUGUCCCCACAUCCUACAAACACUUGCUCUUUUUAUAAGUGCAAGAAGUGCCAGGGCCGACACAACAUUCUACUUCAUGAUAAAUUUGUGGGCCAGCCCCCUCCAGCCGAUUCGCCGGCAUCCGGAAAACCCCCCACAAAUCCUAUUAUUGACAUUACAUCCAAGCUCCACUCUGAGUCGCCCAAAUCCUUAGAAUCAAAUUCUGUCGUCACUCUUCCGGUAUUUACGGCUCCUUCAAAAUGCACCUCAACAACUCCAAAAGUGCUUCUCGCUACCGCUACAGUUGACAUUCUUACGUCGGAUCACCGAAGAAUCCCAUGUCGAUUGAUGUUGGAUGGUGGCGCACAAGCGUGCAUUAUGACGACAGAUUUGUGUGAAAGACUCGGACUUCCGAAAACCCCGUCGGACUCUACAAUCUUGGGUGUAGGCAGUCAAGUGAAUCCAGUGAACUACCGAGUCACUACCACCAUUUUCUCUAAAAGGAAUAAUCAAUCCUACACAUUCUUGUGUUAUAUUCUCCCAAAGAUCUCAGACAACAUUCCUGAUUGGUCAGUUGAUGAACGUGUUAUUCAAAUUCCCUCAGAUGUUCCAUUGGCUGACCCGUUAUGGAAUGUUCAAUGUCCUGUGGAUCUCUUAGUUUGUGGGGACGCAUAUUGGAACAGUUUUCUGACUGACAAAAUCAGUCUCGGAAUUGGCUUACCACAUCUCCGGGAAACUACGUUCGGAUAUGUAGUUGUGGGUCAGUUCAAUCCGCUUCAUUCGGCACGCGAUGUUUCCCACCACGAAACUAGACCCAUGAAUCCUGCUGUGGACAAAGUUUCACGUAAUUUUGGAGAAUUUGAAGAUCGUCAUGAAAAAUCUUCCGCCGUAGAUCUUCAAUCAGGAUCCGAGACCCGCUUUGCAAAAACCCACAAACGAAAACCUAAUGGUAGAUUUGUUGUGAGCCUACCAGGGAGAGAAGGUCUCGAAUUAUUAAGAGAUUCUCAACCAAAACCAAUCACACAGUCCUUGGCGAUUGAAAAACAAUUGUACCGGAAACCUCGAUUUAAAGUGAUCUGCGGCGAUGUCGUGAGGGACUAUAGGAAUCGAGAACAGUUGGCACUGGUGUCCCCUCUGGAUAUUGUAGCAUUUUCAUUCUUUUUACAACACAACGAGGUUAUGACGGAGUCAAGACUGAUUACAAAGAAUGGAUUAAAUAGAGUGGAUGGAAGAUUGAAAAAUGCAAGUGAGACGUUUGCGAUCCGGCAUCCAGUCCUACUUCCAAAAUCCAAAGUUACCCUCAUAAUAGCACGCAUUGAAUACAUUAAACAGAUGCAUGCAGCCCCUACCCUACUACUUGCCUCCCUGCGACAAACAUUCUGGCCAGUGGCAGGACGAAAUUUAGUGAGAAAAAUAGUGCAUGAGUGCUUCAAAUGUUGCCGCAUGAAACCUAAACCGCUAGAUCAGUUGAUGGGAGAUUUACCGGAAUAUAGGGUUAAUCUUUUUCGACCAUUUCAGGCCACCGGUGUUGAUUACGCGGGGCCACUUCAAAUGCUUUCGUCUGCAACCCGGGGAGCUCACUCACGAAAGACGGGCAUUCAGAAGGUUUAUAUAGCAGUUUUUGUCUGUAUGGCGACCAAGGCUGCUCCCAACAGUUUAUGUCAAAUUGAGGCAAUCCUCACUAGUCGCCCUCUAUGCAUGAUGUCUCCUGAUCCCAACGAAGAGAGUUUUCUGACACCCGGACGUUUUUUAGUUGGUGUCCCUGGGAAUGCAUCCCCCAAUCCAGAUCUGUCAAAGAUUCCUGAAAACCGCCAAACUUACUGGCAACUAUGUCAGCUGCGGGCUCAGGAAUUUGGAAGAAGGUGGCGUCUUCAAUACCUCAACACACUGCAGCAGAGACUUCGCUGGAAAAUCACCAGAGAACACCUCAAAGCUGGAGAACUGGUCUUCCUACUAGAUGAAUCUAGCAAGGAAGGAUCCAAGUGGGUGUUGGGGAAAGUGGAGUCCCUGAACUCUGGGACUGAUGGAUUAGUUCGGGUAGCCCGUAUUAAAACCAAUCGGGGCAUAUACAAACGCCCUAUCGCCAAAAUUGCAUGAUUCCGCAAACAGACGAAGGAUUCCUUGGACGUGCUACAUCAUCAUCAGAUGCAUCAGUCCAACCCGGGGAGGAUGUUGGAAAUUGAUUAAAAAAUUUAACAAUUUAUUUCAUCUAAAAAUUUCAAUUCAAAAUUUCAACUUAAAUUCAAUGCCUAACUUUAAAUUGCUCAAUUUUUUAAAUUUCAAAUCUAUUUCACAGCCAACUUCACGUUACUUUCGUUUGUAAAAAUUUUUCAUACAAAAAGUUCAUGCUGCUCUGCCCUUCUUCUAACCUUGACUACUCUUCAAGUGGCUGUGAGCGGAAAAAGUUAAUCAGAAAAUUUGUCAGUUUUAAUUGUGAUUUGUGGUAGAAAUAUAUCGGUGGUGGGAAAAGGAUAAAAGGUGAUUUUUAUUGCGCGAUCAGGAAGACUGGAAGGAAGAGAGGAAGAAGCCAGAUUGUGCUUGAACAAGGCAACGAUUUUAAUCAUCCGGAAGGCUUCUCUCACCGUGAAGGAAAAUUUUUCUGGUCCUUGCGACCACGGAUUAAUAAGUACAUAUUUCUCGUUGAAGGUGAGGUCAAGGACAAGGCUGAGGGAAAGUAUAGGGGAAAUUGAG